AUGUCUGAUAACUCCCCCAAAUCAGCAUCUAUUCCCGCAUGGCAGAAGCCAAAUAAAACGGCCGAUGAGUCGCCAUCGCCAUCGCCAUCAUCGUCGUCGGCCUCCGAGGAUGCGCCCGCAACUACACCCUCCACACCCCGAAAAGCUCUCCUAGACCAAGCAUCCAAAUUUCUAGAGGACGAGUCAAUUCGGGAUGCACCAACAGAGCGCAAAGUCUCAUUCCUCGAGUCAAAAGGCCUCAGCUCGGACGAGGUCCAACAAGUCCUCGCCGUCCCCCGAAAUGCAGAGGCGAGCAGCAGCUCAACCACAGCCGAGGCCAAGACACAGGAAGAGACACCAUCUCCCUCACUCACUCAAACUGAAGCCACCCCUUCGUCUCCCAUUCCCUCCCCACCUUCCAACACUAUGCCUCAAUCGCACCCGCCAACGUCACCCAAUGCCCCCCGCGAUGUCGCCCCAAUAAUCACCUACCCCGAGUUCCUAUUUGAGUCAAACAAGCCACCGCCUCUAGUGACAAUGCGCAGCGUCCUCUAUACAUUAUAUGGCGCCGCCGGUCUAGGAGCAAGUCUCUACGGCGCAAGCGAGUACAUCGUGAAACCGAUGAUCGCAACUCUAAACAGCGCACGGCACGAGCUAGCCAGCACAGCAGAGACGAAUCUGCACAAGCUAAACGAGAAACUGGAGAAGACAGUGAGCGUGAUUCCUCCGGUAUUAACAGCUCGCAAGACCAAGCCCUCCGAUGAAGAGCAAGACGACGACGUCGUGUCGAUCACCUCAGACCCAACAGAGCUGUUCCACCGGGAUGUCGCGACGCAAACGAGUCCAGAAGUCACUCCCGCACUCCAUCCCGUCAGCGUUGCGAACUCGGCAGACGUCGUGGCUAUCUCUCCCUCGACGGCGGUGAACAACCACAUCAGCCGUGUUGAGUCAAUUACCUCGAAGCUGCGCGAGAUCAUUGACUCGGAGAAGGACGCCAGUACACUGGAUGACUCGAUGCGCACACGCCUCACAGAUCUGCAUCAUUAUUGUGAUGGCUUGAUCUAUAGUUCUCCGACCUACUCUUCCGGGUCGACCUACGGUGUCUGGAAUUCGACUAAUAACUCUGGCUUGAAUGGACACUCUGGUUUGGGCAAGCCUGAGGAGGAAGCUAUUGCUGGAUUCCGGGCCGAUAUUCGUGGUGUGAAGGGUGCACUUUUGAGUGCACGUAAUUUCCCUGCUAGUCGCGGUGGACGUCUCGGAAGUGGGAUUCCUGUCGGUACACGGUGA